GGGACAGCAGCAGGGGGAAGGGAUGCAGGCAGUGAAUCCAGGGCAGCGGCAGAGCUCGUCUCCACGCGGCUGCCUCCCUCGCCGCGACACCCCCCUCCCGGGCAGCCCCCGUGGGUGGGGUGGGGGCCCCAGCACCCCCGUCCUUCCCCUCUCACCCUUCACCGCCGCCAGCUGCUCCCCGGCUCCGCACCUGGGCUGGGGGAGGCGGCGUGUGCCGCGCUGCCCUUCGCCUCUCCUCUGCGCGGGGACGCCAGCGCGAGCCGUUUGUCCCCGUCACUUGCCGGCUGGCUGCCGCACACCGGGACUCGCCAACCCCCGGCUGCACCGGAGCCCACCGCAGCUCCGCCGCUGCUGCCACCGGCAGCGCCAAUGUCACCAGCACAGGGCUUGGGGAACCGGGAUACCUGGGAGAGGACAGCGAGACCCUUCACCCACCGCCGGCAUCCCCCUGCCCGCACGGGGCUGCUGUCCCCAUGGCACGUGCCAUCGCCUCGUAGUGUGGCGGCAGGUGGCACGGGGCUGGCUGUCCCCAGCACGGCCAUGGCGGGAGCCGGGAGCCGGCGCUGAGCUGGGAGGGUCCCCGGCAUCAUGCUGAAGUUUCGGGCGGACCGGCGGGUGAGCCACAAUGAAAGGCGGAACACGUUCCUGCACCCAGUGACGGGACGGGUCCCCGAGGAAAACUCAAGACUUGACUUGCAAAAACCGACCUUGGACAUGUCAAGCAAAGUGGGCGGCAAGCGACCGGUGACCAUCACCAGCGAGCCCUCCAACCACACCAUGGUGUCGGAGGUGCCCCCGGAGCGUCCCGGAGGCCGGGCUGCACGUACCUCCCGCAAGGGCAUCGCCUUCGGGAAGCGCUCCAAUUCCAUGAAGAGGAACCCCAAUGCUGCCGUGACCAAAAGCGGGUGGCUGUACAAGCAGGCCAGCUCGGGGGUGAAGCAGUGGAACAAGCGCUGGUUCGUGCUGGUGGAUCGCUGCCUCUUCUACUACAAAGACGAGAAGGAGGAGAGCAUCCUGGGCAGUAUUCCCCUGCUCAGCUUCCGUGUCGCGGCCGUGCAGCCCUCCGACAACAUCAGCAGGAAGCACACGUUCAAGGUGACGGUGUGCUGGGUGGAGGAGACGCCGGCGGGUAACGAGCAGUCCCUGUCCCCCCAGGCCGAGCACGCUGGCAUCCGCACCUACUUCUUCAGUGCCGAGAACACGGAGGAGCAGGAGUCCUGGAUCCAAGCCAUGGGCGAAGCCGCCCGGGUGCAGAUCCCCCCCACGCAGAGGCACGAGAAACCUGACUCAGAAAACAUCCCCCCCAGCAAACACCACCACCACCCCCACCGCAACGCUGCCCACCACGAGCACCCCAAAGCUGAGCCCGACGCCAAGACCCGGGGGGAAGGUGAUGGCCGCGGCUCGGAGAAGAUGGAGAGGAAGUCGGAGAGGAUGGAGAGCAAGAAGGAGCCCUUGGCCAAAGCCAACGGCAUCGCUGGGCAGGAGGUGCCCUCGGAGCCUGGCAGCCCUUACCCCGAGGCACCGCGGGUCCCGGCGAGCGCGGAGCGGCCGUCCCAGCCCAACGGGUGGCCCUACGCCUUGCCCAGCCGCCCCGGCAGCACCGCGUACCCCCCUCCCGACGGCGAGAGCGCGGCCCAGCGCCGGGGCUUCGCCCCCCGCACCAACCCCGACAAGAUCGCCCAGCGCAAGAGCUCCAUGACGCAGCUGCAGCAGUGGGUGAACUCGCGCCGGGGGGCUAUGCCCCCCGAGGAGCUGCAGAGCCCCACCAGGUUUUAUCCCGUGUCUCGCCGGGUCCCCGACUACUAUUCCCCCUACUCGCCCCAGUACCCCGAGGAUUACCAGUACUACCCGCCGGGGGUGCGCCCCGACAGCAUCUGCUCCAUGCCCGCCUACGAGCGGGUGAGCCCGCCCUGGGCGCUGGAGGACAAGCGGCACUCCUUCCGCAACGGGGGCACCUACCAGCUCCGCGACUGGAAGGAGCACCCCGGCUUUGGUCGGCAAGACGUCCCGCUUUGGCUACCGGCACCUGGGAGGCAACCGACUUAUUUAGAUGAGGUGGACGCGGCGUCGGGCUCCCUGCGGCGGAUGUCCCUGCAGCCCCGCUCCCGCUCCGUGCCCCGCUCGCCCAGCCAGGGCUCCUAUGCCCGCGCACGGGUUUACUCCCCCGUCCGCUCGCCCAGCGCCCGCUUCGAGCGGCUGCCGCCGCGGGGGGACGAGAUUUACGCCGACCCCACCACCUUCAUGAUGAGGCGGUCCAUCAGUUCUCCAAAGUACGACUAUCUGGGUGACAGGCGGCCGGUCCCUGCAGGAAUGUACCCCUACCAUUACCCGGCAUCCCCCACCGUCCACGACAAAAUGGAUGAACUUUUAGACCUUCAGUUGCAAAGAAACCUAGAGUAUUUGGACCAGCAGAUGAGCGAGAGCGAAACCCUGAUCAGUAUGGUGAACAGGAUGGUGGAGACCUCCUCCCCCAGGGCUCAGCUCUACAUGCAAGUGACGCCCUUCCCAGAGACCUACCGGGAGACACUGCACACCUACAAGAUCAGCGAGCAAGACACCGAUAAGCUGCUGGGGAAGCUGUGUGAGCAGAACAAGGUGCUGCGGGAGCAGGAGAGGCUGGUGCAGCAGCUCCGAGCAGAGAAGGAGAGCCUGGAGAGUGCCCUGAUGGGGACGCACCAGGAGCUGGAGAUGUUUGGGAGCCAACCCGCCUACCCAGAGAAGCUGCUGCACAAGAAGGAGUCGCUCCAGAACCAGCUCAUCAACAUCCGUGUGGAGCUAUCACAGGCCAGCACGGCCCUGGCGAACAGCACCGCCGAGUACGAGAGCCUGGAGAGCGAGGUGUCCGCCCUGCACGACGACCUGUGGGAGCAGCUGAACCUGGACAUCCAGAACGAAAUGCUCAACCGGCAGAUCCAGAAGGAGAUCUGGCGGAUCCAGGACGUGAUGGAGGGCCUGCGGAAGAACAACCCGUCCCGCGGCACGGACACGGCCAAGCACCGCGUGGCCAUCGGCCCCUCGGGGACGUACAGCUCCAACAGCCCCGCCAGCCCCCUGAGCUCAGCCAGCCUCACCAGCCCCCUCAGCCCCUUCUCCCUCGUCUCUGGCUCCCAGGGCUCGCCCACCAAGCCAGGACCCAGCGAGGAACCGGGUCCGCCUCGACCUCCCCUCCCCAAGUCCUACGUCCCCCUGGAGUCUCCUCCGACCAUCCCUCCGCUUCCCAGUGACAGCCGCCCCUGGCCGUACCCCACCUCCCCUUCCUGGCAGCACAGCGGCGAGGCCAAGAGGGGACAGCCCAAGCUGAGCUUUGAGCAGAGCAAGAAAGAGGCACAGCGAGCGGCCCCCCCUGGACCCCCAGCAGAGGGGCUCCCGCAGGGCCGGCAGGAGCAGGAGGUGGACAAGCAAGCGGCUCUCAACAAGGUGGGCAUCGUCCCCCCCAGGACCAAGUCUCCGGCGGAGGAGGAGGUGAUGCCGGUGGCUGGUGUGGCGAGGAGGAGCACCAGUGGCAUGGCCAACGGGCUGGGCUCUCGGGAGAGACCGAAGAGCGCCGUGUUCGCCAACGAGACGAAGGUGAAGAUGAGUGUGGAGGAGCAGAUCGACCGCAUGAAGCGGCACCAGAGCGGCUCGAUGAAGGAGAAGCGGCGCAGCCUGCAGCUCCCCAGCAGCCAGCAGCCCGACACCCCCGGCACGAAGGCACCUGCCUCCUACAAGGUGGUGCGCCGGCACCGCAGCAUCCAUGAGGUGGACAUCUCGGACCUGGAGGCAGCACUGCGUUCCGAUGACCCCGGCAAGGUCUACGAGACGCCCCAAGAGGAGAUCGCCCGACUGCGCAAGAUGGAGCUGGAGCCGCAGCACUAUGACGUGGACAUCAACAAGGAGCUCUCCACGCCGGACAAAGUCCUCAUCCCUGAGCGGUACGUCGAGCUGGAGCCCGAUACGCCGCUCAGCCCCGAGGAGAUGAAGGAGAAGCAGAAGAAGGUGGAAAGGAUCAAGACCCUCAUUGCCAAAUCCAGCCUGCAGAACGUCAUCCCUCUGAGCGAGGGGGAGGUGGACGCCCCCCAGGACCCCGAGAGCCAGCUGCAGGAGCAGGAGAAGAGGAUCGAGAUCUCGUGUGCGCUGGCUGCCGAGGCCUCGCGCCGGGGCCGCAUGCUCUCGGCUCAAUGCGCUACCCCAAGCCCUCCCACCUCCCCAGCCUCCCCGACUCCACCGACCAACCCCCUCUCGUCUGAACCAUCCCGGGGCGCCGACAACAGCCAUUUUAUGCGUGUCUGAGCCAUGAACUCAAGCCCUGGCUGCUGCCAGCACCAACAAGUUCCACGGGGCCACGUUUUAGUGCCCUGACGUGACACCUGAACCUCUCGCCAUCAUUUUCGGUUCUCCCGGACCCUCUUCCCUCCCACCGGCGGCGAGACCACCCGGCAGAGCUGCCCAGGGGGACGCAGCACCAACGGCGCUGUGUGUGUGCCAGGACGUUGUCCGCUGGAGCGUGGUCCCCAAGGAGCCCCCGGGCUACCAGACGGCGUGGGGACAUAUUGGCGGUGUCCUGGGCAUCAGGCUGGCGUGGACAGCAGGCAGGGCCAUCUGCAGUGGCUGUGUCUGUGCCAGGGCAGCCCUGGGGGAGCGUAGGACACCCCGGGCUCCCUGUGCUGAUGUGUUGGUCUCCCAAAGGUCUGUGAAAUGGCUCUUCUGGGUAGACCUGCCAGUUCCCACGAGGGAUGGUCCUUCUGCUGGACUGGGAUGCUUUUAGUAUCUGUCGGGCUGGGGGGGGUCACUGGCAGAGCCCAUCCCGUUGCUCAUCGGCUUGUGGCUCAGCAGGAGGAGGAAGGAGCCGUGUCAGGGACAGGAUGGAUGGAGAUGGGACUAGGGGGACACAGUGCCCGGGGCACCGCAGGCACGGAGCAGGAGGUCUGGGCAGGGAGGGGGACGUUGCAGGGGAGCGGAGGGGCAGUGGGGGUGAGGUGGGAUAGUGAAGCCGCGGGAUCGGCAGGGACCCCUCUGCGGGUGGGAGGGGACGGUGACAAGGAGGGGAGGGGGCUCGGGGCCAGGUGGCAGCAAUGGGGCUCGUCUGUGGUGUGGGGAGCAUCACCCCGGCUGCCCCCCCAUCCUGCUGUCACCUCUGUCCCCUGAAAAUCUGGCACCGCGCCUCAGCCCGAGACGUCGUCAUUGCACUCCAGACUCCUUGGCUUGUUUGGUUUUCCUGUAGCGAGUUUACCCUUUUCUUUAACUUUCUGGAGGGGGGAAAAAAAGCGGGUUCUGUCUGAAGAGUGGGAUCCCAUGGUGCUGGGACGGGGUGAGGAGCUGGAGACCGUCCGUCUGUCCGUCCUGCAGCUGUUUCUGACCUGGCCUGAUCCUGACACCCCAGGACCCAGCCCUGCACCCCCCACACCCCCAAAUCCCCGUCGCCCACCGUAGCAAUACUGUAGGAUCCCGGAGUCCCGCUCCGCUCCCGAGCCUCCCGCAGCCCUCUUAGCUCAUAAAGCUGGCCCUUUAUUUUGCUAUUACAUGCCUUAAUAUAUGUUUUAUGGAAAUUAUACAUUUAUAAUAUAUAUCUAUAUUUGUUUUUCUCUUC